GUAUUUUGCCGCUAUGCAUUUACACCACACCGACCCGACCAGACAGCCCAAAGACCUGUCUUUCUCCUUCUUCGUCUUCGCGGCUCAGGUCUUCGUACGUUUUGGGCAGACAUGGCGAUUCCUUACAUGGAAACCGUCGUUGGUUUUAUGAUAGUGAUGUACGUUUUUGAGACGUAUUUGGAUCUGAGGCAACAUACUGCUCUCAAGCUUCCCACUCUCCCAAAGACUUUGGUUGGAGUCAUUAGCCAAGAGAAGUUUGAGAAAUCUCGAGCUUACAGUCUUGACAAAAGCCAUUUUCACUUUGUUCAUGAGUUUGUUACUAUACUUAUGGACUCUGCGAUUCUGUUCUUUGGGAUCUUGCCUUGGUUUUGGAAGAUAUCUGGCGGCUUUCUACCAAUGGUGGGACUCGAUCCAGAGAAUGAAAUCCUGCACACUCUUUCAUUCUUGGCUGGUCUUAUGACAUGGUCACAGAUCACUGAUUUGCCAUUUUCUUUGUACUCAACUUUCGUGAUCGAGUCUCGGCAUGGGUUCAACAAACAAACAAUAUGGAUGUUCAUUAGGGACAUGAUCAAAGGAAUACUCCUCUCUGUCAUACUUGCCCCUCCUAUCGUUGCCGCAAUUAUUGUUAUAGUUCAGAAAGGAGGUCCUUACCUCGCCAUCUAUCUGUGGGCAUUCAUGUUUAUCCUGUCUCUAGUGAUGAUGACUAUAUACCCUGUUUUGAUUGCACCUCUUUUCAACAAGUUCACUCCUCUUCCUGAUGGAGACCUCCGGGAGAAGAUUGAGAAACUUGCUUCUUCUCUAAAGUUUCCUCUGAAGAAGCUGUUUGUUGUCGAUGGAUCUACAAGGUCAAGCCAUAGUAAUGCUUACAUGUAUGGUUUCUUCAAGAACAAAAGGAUUGUUCUUUAUGACACAUUGAUUCAGCAGUGCCAGAAUGAGAAUGAAAUUGUGGCGGUUAUUGCACACGAGCUGGGACACUGGAAGCUGAAUCACACUACAUACUCGUUCAUUGCUGUUCAAAUCCUUGCCUUCUUGCAAUUUGGAGGAUACACUCUUGUCAGAAACUCCACUGAUCUCUUCAGGAGUUUUGGUUUUGAUACACAACCAGUUCUCAUUGGUUUGAUCAUAUUUCAGCACACUGUAAUACCACUUCAACACCUAGUAAGCUUUGGCCUCAACCUUGUUAGUCGAGCGUUUGAGUUUCAGGCUGAUGCUUUUGCAGUGAAUCUUGGUUAUGCAAAGGAUCUACGUCCUGCCCUAGUGAAGCUACAGGUCAGAGAAGACAGCAGAAAUCAAAACACAGCCUGUUUAUAUAAUUGUGACACAUGUUUUAAUGGUUAUUGUUGGGGAUUUAUGCAGGAAGAGAACUUAUCAGCGAUGAACACAGACCCAUUGUACUCAGCUUAUCACUACUCACACCCUCCUCUUGUAGAGAGGCUUCGAGCCAUUGAUGGACAAGACAAGAAGACAGAUUAAGUCCGUAUAAGCUCUCGUCUUCUUUACGGAUUCGUGACACUUUUACGCUCAGUAUCUUUCGAAUGUUAGAUAAAAAAAACAUUUAGGCACGGGCCCUCUUUUGUAUCUUCACAGUGUCUUUUGCUUAGUUACUAGUACUAGUUAAUGUGGAAUCAGUGUCACUUUUGAUUUGAUCAUUUCUGAUCCGGUCGAUCUCUAUCAAGAACCAUUUUUUGCCUGA